CGCCUGCUGUGCUCUACAGCCUCAUGUGCGAGCGUGUGCCGGCAAUGCUCACUAAUUUCCCAGCGUAACAUCUUCAGCCUGCUGCGUGCCAGUGCCUUUCCCAGUCGCCAAAGCGAUCGCGUCCUGAUUUCCCAGCGUCGCACGCUUCGACAAGCUCACUGAGGCCUUGGAGGCGUGUGGCCUUGACUCGGAACGGUUCCGCCGCAUCGUCGCUUUGUGACACCAAAUUUUCGUGCUCGACUCGCCCAGGUGACAACGCAUCCAAACCCAAGCGGUGCAUCUGAGACCCAGUCGAGACUUGACAUGCUGUCCUCCACUGUGUAGUGCGGUCCGGUCAUGGUAGAUAGGCAUGAGAAGAUUAGGCGUUCAUUAGCUGCAGUCAAAGAACCUCCUUUGACCAGAACAAAAUCUUCAUCUGUGGCUUUCGAGCUUCACUUGUUGCUCCCUACACGCUGUCACGCCAGUGCAAUCUUGGGGACCGCGGGGCCGACGCUGAAAAGCGGUCAUAAGUGACUGGAUCGCUCCUGUGCGCUGACAUCCCUUGUCUCAGCGAUAGGAAGCCUCCACGAAGCUCCCACGAAGCCUCAAGGGUCGACUCCCUGGAUCAAAUCCGCGAAACAGAGGCUCAGCACGACUCGAUACCGCCAGAAUGGCAGCCAUUUCUGGCCCAGAAGUCGAGGAGCUUGUACUCCGCUUCUAUCAGCCAGGCAAUCCACACGACAUCAAGCAGAUCGAGGCCCAGCUACGCGAGAUCCAGCGCUCCCCGCAGGGCUGGGAGAUGGCUGACUACCUUCUGGGGCGCGACCACAGCAGCCUGCAGUACUUUGGAGCGCUGACCUUUCACAUGAAGCUCAACACGAGCAGUGCUGAGCUUGACGACGCAGUUUUGGCUCAGGUCGGCAACCGGCUGCUGCAGUGGCUCGUCACGUCAAUCACGCGUGGGGAUGCUGCGGUCACGCUGCGCAAGCUGUGCAGCACGAUCGCGUUCUACUGCACGUUAGAUCGCGAAGUGACGGUCGGCACCGUUGUGCGUCGCGUUAUCCUGUCGGUGGCGCAUGGCCAGGCCGUCGACUUCACGGUGGACGAACUGCCAGAUCCGGAGAGCGUGUUGGGCGCACUCAGCAACGCCCAGCUGAAAGCCCUUCUGUGGUUCUUAACGAGCAUGACGGAGGAGGCAAACAAGGAGAGCGCGAGCAGGGAGGCGAGGCUAUCGGCAAUGAUUAUGUCUCGCGUCGAGGCCAAUUUGCGCGAUGCAGCGGCGCUCCUUAGAUAUUGCUUCUCUCCGGAGAAGAUGCUCGAGGGUAGCAAGCAGAGCUAUGAGCUGCAGAUCGAGGCGGCGCUCACCCUGUCUGCAUGGAUAUUCUACGCGCAAAAGUCAUCGUGGAUGCGAGAUGAGACCUUGAUGACGCCACUGCAGCGACUCAUGGGCUCGGUGCUUGACUGGCUGGAAUCCUCGCAGCUGGACGAAGCUGCGGAUAUGGUCGGUGACGUCCUGUUGGACUUUCCAAGCUUCUUUGGCCAAGCGCAGAAGGAACAGAUCUCAAAGAUGCUAGUUGGACCGUGGGCACAGGAGAGUCUACAGGCGUUGCUCAUUGAACCGGCGGAUGAGAUCCCUCGAUUCGUGAAGCUACUGCUGGCGUAUGUUGAUCAUUCUCUGGUUCGAUUGGCGGAAAAUGAGGAAGACGAAAUAGGUCAAAAGAUCAUGGCUGCCAUGCACACUCUUCUCCAGAGCCCUGGCUUCGCCGGGGUUGAUGAUGCAGUUGCCGUGGAGGCAUUAGAAUUCUGGACCCAGUUUGUCGAACACAUCGCCGACGCCGAAUUUGAAGAUCCAGACGAGCCAAAACCGUGGAUGCCCGCAGCAACAGCGCACACCAUGCAGCUUUUCCAUGAGCUGUGGAAGAAGGUCAAGUUGCCCACCCAACAGCAAUUCAAGAAGCUCGACGGGGACCGACAGAAGGAUUUUCGUCAGUUCCGUGUCGACGUCAAAGAGCUACUUUUGGCGGCUUAUCCUGCGCUGAGAAGUCGUCUAACGGAGGCAAUUGCUCAACUGUGCCUAGAUGCUCUCAACAAACGUGACUGGCUUGAGGUGGAGGCUUCGCUCUUCUGCUUGAAUGCCAUCUCAAUAGCUGAGCAGGAGAGUGAAGACCAAAUACUCAGCCAGUUGUUUGGCUCUCAAUUGUUUGUCCUUCUUAAGGAUGACCCCGACGUUCCUGCCCGGGCGAAAGCAACUGGCGUAGAUGUGCUUGGUCAGUAUGCGGAGUUUUUCGAGCGGCACACAGACUUCCUGCCCUCUGUGCUUGAUUUCCUCUUCGCAUCGCUGCAGAGCAUACAGCUCGCGCAAAAAUCCGCAAAGGCAAUCAACCGCUUAAGUAGUUCAUGCAGAUCCUCUCUGGCACUUCAAUUACCCAACUUUGUACAGGCGUAUGAACAAUUUCUCUCGUGGCCGACGGCGGAUGUGUCCACAAAAGAGAAGGUGAUUGGUGGUGUUGCAGCCAUCGCACAAGCCUUGGCUUCUUUGAACGACCAGGCAACGUCAUUAAGCACGCUCAUGUCAUUUGUGCAGCGAGAUCUUGAGCAAGCGCAGCUUCAGCUGACUGCUGGUCAAUCUGAACAAGCCCAGGUAUUUGGGCUAACCGGACUACGCUGUCUUGCGAGCAUCGGCAAAGCUUUUCAGUCACCCAAUGAUGAGCCGAUGGACGAUGAUGCAGAGGCUGCAGCACGCCAUUUCUGGCACAAUGGCCCUGGCAGUGAGAUACCUAUUCAGAUUUUCAGUAUGAUUCGUGCAGUUCUGGAAAUGUUCAACGCCUCGCCUCAACCUUUGGAGCUUCACGGCGAUGUCAUUGAGGCCGUGUGCAACAUCUUCAAGGCCGGCUUCACAGAGUCCAAACCGGGCCCCUUCGUCUUCUCCGCCUCCGCCUUCGUCGAUCUAUUCAGCACGAUGCAGCUGCACACUCCACGUCUGGAGAUGGUUCUCAGCACAACGUGUGCAUUCCUGCGAUCUCACUCACAUGCCAGCUCGCCCGACGUUAUGCAAGAAGCUACCAGGCUGCUAGGCGAGGUAUUUAGGCUCAUUGGCGCGAUCCAAGAUCUGAGGGCCGAAGACAACACGACAGGCCUGCUGGACGUCCUCGAACGUUUCAUGCCCAGAUACACCGGUGUUUUGCUCGCCAUCCCAGCAGACGAUCUGGAACGACUUUUCAGCUUUCCUCUAGAGUGUCUCGCCAUUCCGGAGCCCUUGCCAAAGCGUGCGGCGGCCCAGUUUUGGACAACAUUCCUGACCCUUAAUCCCACUCGCGCCAAAGUAUCCCAGCAGCACCUCGAUGAUGUGAUUGAUCACUUCGGGCCCCGUCUUGCUUUGGGUAUCAUUCAAAAUGUUGCUGGCGGUGCCGCACGUGGAGAUUUGGACUGGUUUGUGGAGCCGCUCAAAAAAUUCAGCACUAGGACGGCGAAUACGAAGAAGUUCCUUGAGGAUGCUCUGGCGGCUGUGGAUGCGGGUCCCAAUGUCGGACCCGAUGUCAAGGCAAGAUUUUUGAAGCAGGUUGCUGUGUCGAACGGUAUCAGCGUCAUGAAGAAGGUCGUCUCGACGUUCUGGUCUCAGUGCCGAGGCUUUGACGGCAGCUACGCGCCAUGAACCACAACCGACCUUACUUUGAACAUUUCGGAUUCCAUUUUUCACCUUUUUGAUGACAAACCCGUUGCGCAUUGUGGAUCAAUGAUAGGGGCGUGCUUGAUUGCGAGCGGUGUGCUGAUAUGCUAUGUACAAGGUCAAUCCCGCACGCUCAAUGCCUCCAUAGACGGCGCGACACCGAGACACCAUUAUUGCUAUGCUAUAUACCCAUACAUGCAGAUUCUAGAAUUGUGCAAACGCAGCCAACGCAAAAGUCACGCCAAAUGACAGUUUGAACGCGACAUUGUCCUGCAAUGCACCCCGCAAAUUGAUG